AUGAUUCGUACAGCUGUGUUGAUCGCAGUCACUUCACUGGGUGUGGUGAGUGCUAAUUACCGAAAUGGUCCUCAUGGUCCAUCAAAUGACAUACAUUACUAUCCGGAUAACUUUGAACCGGAAAUUCGAUACAUUCGUGGGGCCCCUGGUAAACCUGGACCUCCAGGAAAAGUUGGAAAUAUAGGAAAAGCAGGAAGCGAAGGGCCAGCUGGGCCACCAGGAUCAUCUUCAUGUAAAUACGAAUGUCCAGCUGGCUAUUAUGCAACUUCACGAAACAAGGGUGGAUCUGAGCUUGUGUGGUGUAUUAAAAUGAAAAAGACCAACAAACAAUACAAGAUGAAUCUCUUUGGAAAUCUUGAUAUGGAAUGCAAACAAAAAGGAGCUGUCUUGACAGGUUUCCAGAACCAGACCGAGUAUUUAGCAGCAUACAAUACGUUCAGAUCCUCUUUCUCAUUUAUCAGCACUGUUCAACCGAUUGUUAUUAUUGGAGCUCGGAGAAAGGAUGAAUGUCACAAGAUCACAUCCACUUGCUCCAGCACCAAAGGUAACCAGUGGACAGAUGGUUUUACAACUGGAACCAAGUUAUUCGAAACUCUUUUCGCAAAUCAACAACCAAACCCAAACAAUGGAAAGAAAAUGUGUUUUGGUGUCUGGACCAAGAAUAAUAAGAUGUAUUCUGUAAAGUGCUCAGAGUGGGAUUUCAGGCCAGCCAAGCUGUUCAUGUGUGGAAAGCCAGCUCCAUGUGUCUUCUGA